AUUUGUUAAGUUCUAAAAUUAAUGUGCUUGCUCAGGACUUGCAAACUUAUGUUCUGGAAGACAAAUGUAAAACUGAAAUAGCAUUGAAACUACUUUGUACUGAACCACAAGUUUUGUACUGCUGUUUUUUUUCUCCUUAAUUGUAUUCCGUUAAUAGACAUCUAGAUAUAGUGUGUUUGAACAAUGUCUCAUGAAAAUGCUAUUCAUUGGUUUAGAAAAUGUCUAAGAAUUCAUGAUAACCCGGCUCUUCUUGAAGCAAUUAAAAAUAGUAAACACUUUUGGCCAAUUUUUAUAUUAGAUCCAUGGUUUGUAAAGAACAUGAAAUGUGGACCUAAUCGAUGGAGAUUCCUUGCUCAAUCUUUGCAAGACCUUGAUGAUUCAUUGCGCAAAUUCAAUUCUAGGCUGUUUGUGAUUCGGGGUAAACCUAUGGAAGUUUUUCCACAAAUUGUCAGGAAAUGGAAAAUAAAGCUCCUCACAUUUGAAAGUGACACGGAACCUUAUGCUAAAGUGAGAGAUGAAGAAAUACAUACCUUAAUGAAGAUACUGAAGGUGGAAGUCUGCACAUUUUCUACAAAUACCAUUUAUAAUCCAGAAAAAAUUAUUGAAUUUAAUGGUAAAGUGCCCUUGACGAUGCAGGCAUAUCUAAAUAUUGUUGACAAGAUUGGAUUGCCAGCAAAACCAGUUCAGUCUGAAGAAAAAAUUAUUCAGCUUACAUCAGAUAAAGAAAGAUGCUCCCCCCUUGAAGAUAUUAGUGAUUCAAAGUAUGAUGUUCCAACCUUAGAGGAAUUGGGAGUUAAAGUAAAUGAUUUAUACCCCUGCUUGUACCCAGGAGGAGAGACAGAAGCUUUAAAACGCCUUGAACGCUCUCUCUCAAAUGAGCAAUAUGUUUGCAAAUUUUCAAAGCCAGAUACUUUUCCUAAUUCUAUCAAACCAAGUACAACAGUUUUGAGCCCUUAUGUAAAAUUUGGAUGCUUAUCUGCUCGGACAUUUUACUACAAAAUCAGAGACGUUUACCUUAAAAGUAAGUCUGGAUAUACCAAACCUCCAGUUUCUCUACAUGGCCAAUUAUUUUGGAGGGAGUUUUUUUAUACUGUGGGAUCGGUAACACCUCAUUUUGAUCAAAUGAUUGAAAAUUCUGUUUGUAGACAAAUACCUUGGAUGGAAAAUAAGGAACACCUUGAAGCUUGGGCACAUGGACGUACGGGUUACCCUUUUAUUGAUGCUAUCAUGACUCAGUUGAGACAGGAAGGCUGGGUUCAUCACUUAGCCAGGCAUGCAGUUGCUUGUUUCUUGACUCGGGGAGAUUUAUGGAUUUCCUGGGAACAUGGGAUGAAGGUUUUUGAAGAACUGCUUUUAGAUGCAGACUGGAGUUUGAAUGCAGGAAAUUGGAUGUGGCUUUCAGCUAGUGCCUUUUUUCACCAAUAUUAUCGUGUUUAUAGUCCCAUCGCCUUUGGUAAGAAGACUGAUAAAAAUGGAGAUUACAUAAGGAAGUAUGUACCAAUCUUGAAACGAUUUCCACCAGAGUAUAUCUAUGAACCUUGGAAAGCCCCAAAGAAGCUUCAAGAGCAGUUGGGCUGCGUUAUUGGUAAAGAUUACCCCUCCCCCAUUGUAGAUCAUGAUAAAGCCAGAGUUGAAAACCUAAGGCGAAUGGAUGCUGUUUACAAAUCUGCAAAAGAAUCAGGUGGGAAAAAAUCUGCCUCUCCAAAAAAAUCUCAAAAACAAUCUCCAAAAGCAAGCUCUUCUCAUCAAACUUCUGCCUUAUCUUCUACACCUAAAAGCACUAAAAGAGCUAACUCUCAGCAACAAAAUAAAAUCACUAAAUUUCUGAAACUACAGUAAAUCAAAAAUUUCAUUUCUGCAUCAAAUGGUUGUUUUUUUUAUCAUCUUUAUGUUUUUAUUGUACAGAUUGUUUAAUGUGAUAUUUUUGGCAUCUAAUAA